UUUUAAUAGUAAACUCCGACCACUGCUCGACACAAUUGUUUGUGUGUUAUAUUGAAAAAGGUUUUGUUAUAUGCCAGCGUGCUCCUUGUAAGGCUUUAUAUGGUUCCUGUAGAAUGAUUUUUUUGUUCACUUUUAUAAUUUUGCUUUUUCUUUCCCCUUUUUAUGGCCCUUAAAAAUGAUUUUAAACUACUCUAAAAAUUUCAAAAAUUCAAAUUUUUGUAAAGCAAUUCCUGCUGAUGACGCAACACUUCGUAUUAUGCAACAACUUCAACAACAACAGCAACAUUUACUUGGACAACAUGCUACAAAUGAAGAAUAUAUAAAUGCUUUAAAAACGCAAGCAUUUGCUGCUGUUCAACAGCAACAACAACAACAACAACAAGCAGUUCAACAACAAAAUCAGCAACAACAACCAGUUGUUAAUGUACCAACACGUAGAAAAAAGGCAGCUGCCAAAAAAGGAUUGCAACAACAACAAAAACAGCAGCAACAACAAAUGGCAGAAUUUCAACAAAAACAGCAAAAUUUGAUACAGCAACAACAGCAACUUCAACAACAAUUUAUUCAAGUUGCUAAUGCUCGUGCAGUUCAACAGCAACAAAUGGCUGAUUGUACAAAUCAAUCAACUGUUGGUCUUGUUGAAGCUAUGAAUUUAGAUUUGAACAGCCCUCAAAUGGGAGGUCUUUUUGCAAAUUCAAAGCCUUUGUUAAAUACUUCUGGGAUUGAUAUGAAUUUGGCUGCUUUGACAAAUCUGGAUUUGAGCAAGAUUCAAUUUUCUUCAUCUGACCCAGUUACCAUGUCUGAAACAAAUGCUGUAAAUGCUCAAGGGAAUAAUAACAAUACAGUCUUUUCCCGCCAGUACAUUGAAGAAUGGCUUCGUUACAAUACUCGUCAUUUGCUAAAAGCCAAUUUUGACGAUAAACAACAGCAGCCAUCUGUUGCUUCCUCAAUUUCUGCUAGUUCAAUGCCUGGAGGUUCUAAUUCUGAUGCGGCUAUGGCAUCGCUUGCAAAUCAAAUUUAUUCUGUUGAUCCGCAAGAUGUAACAGCAACACAAGCAGCAUUAUUUCAAUUACAUUGCUUAAAUGCAAAAAAUAUACAAAAUAAAGUUGAUGAAUUUGUUCAAACAUUGGAAACACAUGCUAAUUUUCGUGAUUUACGCAAUUGUAUAGAUCGUCUGUUAACUUUAUGUGCUGAUGAUGAAAAUUUUACUAGUGCUGAUGAUACAGUUUCAGUUAUAAGUGUUAGUGAAUGUUCUGGAAGAGAUUUUGAUGCAAACAAAGAAGCAGCAAUAAUUCAAGAUUAUUCAGCAUUGCAGCAUCCUUUUAUUGAAGAAGACCCACAUGAUUAUAUUUUGUUGCGUGAACUUAAACAACAGGAAAUUAUGCUUUCAACACGUUUAAAUUCAAUUUUGUAUCAGUUACAUCAAGCUAGGUUAAUUUUUGAAAAUUUUUUUUAG